AUGUCCGGAGCUAUAGCCUAUACUCCAAGAUUGAUUGAGGUAAUAUCGAGUUUCAUUUUUCUGCCUCCCAUGCUCGUUUUAUUGUCGCUCUGUGUUGCAAGUGUUUAUAAUGCUGUCUAUGUUGUGGAUUUGGAUGGAAACAUACACAUUCCCUUUGCACCCUCGGCCGCUCUCCGCCCCUCGACCGCUCCCUCGCCAUCGAUAAACCUCCGCUGUCCGCUCCCAGCCACCGUCAUUGAGAGAAACCCAAAGUUUGAGAGCUCAGGACAUCGGCAUAGGGUUUGCAUUGAUAAGAAAGUGGUGAAUUCUCGAGCAUCAGCCCCGAGAACCGUCGCGGGAAGACCAUCUAGCAGCAGUCUCAAAGGGAGGUAUUCGAGGAAGCAUAACAACAAGAGUGGUGAGGCCGGCAGCGAGGGAUGUAAAAUUGGGAUUUUGUUGAAAAUUUUUGGCAGGUUUUGCGAAGAUUUUGUGUGA